CUGCCUUUAUACAUUGAAGCCCUUGGCUGUUCUCUUGAAUGUAUUUGUAUUUUUCAGGAAAUCCGAUUGGAACAGGAAGAAGGUGCACCAUGUACAGCCAUCCGAGAAGUGUCGUUGUUGCGGAAUCUUCGUCAUGCCAACGUCGUCACCCUUCACGACAUCAUCCACACCGAUCGAUUGCUCACUCUAGUUUUCGAAUAUGUGGACCGCGACCUCAAGCAGUACAUGGACGCCUGUAAUAACGUACUUACAAUGAAUAAUAUCCGGUUAUUCCUUUUCCAACUGCUCCGAGGUUUGGCCUACUGUCACCAACGCCGAGUACUUCAUCGUGACUUGAAACCACAAAAUCUUUUGAUAACUGGAAAAGGCGAACUGAAGUUAGCCGAUUUCGGCUUGGCACGAGCCAAAUCUGUACCGACGAAGACCUAUUCGAACGAGGUGGUGACAUUGUGGUAUCGACCGCCGGAUGUGUUGUUAGGUAAAUUGAAUCGUUUUUUUAUUGCAGUCUUUAUAGCAAAAACACCAGCAGUGAAUAGUCAUGUUUUCGUUGACGUUUAG